AUGACGUCACCUUUCCCUUUCCUGCCGCCCAGGCCUCCCGCCGCUGCCGCCACGCGGGGCCGCCCGGCUGAGCCCCCGUGGGCCCCGCCGCCUCCCCGUGCCCGCUGCCCGCUGGCCCGGCCCUUCCCCGGGCCCCUCCGCCCCGGGCUCCCUGCCACGCCGCUGCCCUGUGGGAGCUGCCUCGGCACCGGUGGCCCCUGUGGGCCUGGGACGGACGGUAUGAACCCCAGCCCCAGCCAGAAAGCAGACACUGGGUCUGGGGCCGAGGAGAAGGGGAGCAGGCAGGGCUGCGGGGACAUCGUGGGGGGUCGGAGCCGCUGGCACGGGCCAGGCCGAGGGUUGGGGCCACGCUCUGCGCCGCCAGCGCCCAGAAAGGUACGCAGUCCCAACUCGCCUCCGUCUGACACAGGCAGGCACACUCGCAGGUCUGGACAGGAGGCAGGCCGGUGGGCGGCCCCGUCUCCAGAGCCCCACACAGACAUGUUCACGAAUAGCUGUGCAGAACACUUUGUCGGGGGCCACAGGGCCCCACUGCCCGCUGUCCUGCCCGUUCUGGGCACAGUGCAGGGGUUAAGGAACAGCCCACUUCAAAGGGUGGGGCUCCCGGCUGCCACCCCAGCCCCACCCCCAGUCCCACAGCCGCCGCAGGCCUGGCAUUGGCCUCUGCCCAGCACCUUCUCCAGACCGGUCCACCUCCAGGCCAGCGCUGCCCAGCGGGCUCUCAUCUCCGGUCACACGGCCACACGUGGCCCCACCCUGAGCUCCUGGAACGUGGCCAACAGGAGCCGUACUCUGUGUGCAAAGGCCCAGCCUGAAGAGAAGAAUUUGCUCGAAGCCCUGCGUGGCCCCGGGUCUCGGCAGCAUCCUCCCUGCCCAGCUGGCCAGCCGCUCUCAUCACGUGGGGAAGAGAGGCUGCUAUUCGGGGGGACCGGCCACCCCGGGGCACCCAGCAGCGGACGGCUCCCUCAAAGGACGCUGUGGUCCAGGAGAUUUGGGGCAGUCUUUACCAAUCGAGGGGCAGGCCAGGCGCCCAGGCCUGGGGACGCCAGAGGGACACUGGCCACACUCACCAGCCGCAGGACAGCAGACCCUGGGCAGCUGGGGUCGCUGGGCAUGGGGCCACUCAGUGCCACUAAGUCGGGAAGUCCACCAGCCAGGCAGCAGCACAGGAGACCUGGGUUCAAGUCCCUGCUCAGAGCUCACUGUCACGCAGCCGAUGACAGGGGCUGGACGGCCCGUCUGAUCUCCGAUGCGGGGCUGGCGCCCGGAAGUGAGCCCCGCGUGGGCCAGACAUGGGGGAAGCAGCUCAGGGAGCCCAUUCUGGCAGCUCCACCGCCCAGGCGCUGA